CGACUGCUUAAAUAGUCGGAUAGCAGCACACUGAAGGAUGGGAAGCGCGUGAAACGUGAAGUCCUCGCUCACGGCGUUAUUUAAGCAGCACAUUAUUCGGAUGUCAUUAAGAGGGGUUUUAAUUCAUCCCUAAAAUAUGGAAUAUGUCAAUAAAAGACCCGCGGUUGAUGUUUAGCGGAUACAGCUGCUCAUUUGGAGGGGAUGGUCUAUCUCGUGUCAUAACAUCGCCCCGUUCACCUGACACAUGAGGAAGACUCGCUGUACAGGAAUCAUGAGGGUUGUGCUUUAGUCAAGACACCAAAAGGUUCUGGUAAUGUGCCAUGGGGUACGACAUCACCAGGUUCCAAGGAGAGGUGGACGAGGAUCUGUUAUGUCCCAUCUGUAGCGGGGUGUUGGAGGAGCCCGUGCAGGCCCCGCACUGUGAGCAUGCCUUCUGCAACGCCUGCAUCACACAGUGGUUUGCCCAGCAGCAGAUUUGUCCCGUGGAUCGCACCGUGGUGACUCUCGCCCACCUGCGACCCGUUCCCCGCAUCAUGCGUAAUAUGCUUUCCAAACUGCAGAUGUCCUGCGACAACUCUGGCUUCGGCUGCACCGCAACUCUGCGCCUUGACCAGCUGCAGUCGCACCUCAAAGACUGCGAGCACAACCCUAAACGACCUGUCACGUGCGAGGAAGGCUGCGGGCUAGAAAUGCCCAAAGAUGAGAUGCCCAACCACAAGUGUAUCAAGCACCUGCGUAGCGUGGUGCAAAUGCAGCAGACCAAGAUUGCAGACCUGGAGAAGACUGCAGCGGAGCACAAGCACCAACUCGCAGAGCAGAAACGUGACAUCCAGCUCCUGAAAGCUUACAUGCGAGCCAUACGCAGCGCUAACCCGAACCUACAGAACCUGGAGGAGAGCAUAGAGUACAAUGAAAUCUUGGAGUGGGUGAACUCUCUGCAGCCCGCUCGUGUGACCCGCUGGGGUGGAAUGAUCUCGACACCUGACACCGUGCUCCAGGCCGUCAUUAGACGUUCACUCAUAGAUAGCGGAUGCCCGUUGUCGAUCGUCAAUGACCUCAUCGAAAAUGCCCACGAACGCAACUGGCCCCAGGGCUUGGCCACGCUGGAGACGCGGCAGAUGAAUCGCCGAUAUUACGAAAACUACGUGGCCAAACGCAUUCCGGGUAAGCAGGCUGUGGUGGUCAUGGCCUGCGAGAACCAGCACAUGGGUGAAGAUAUGAUUCUGGAGCCGGGCUUGGUUAUGAUCUUCGCUCACGGCGUGGAAGAAAUCUUAUAGUCUGAACCUAGAAGUUGCAAAGUGUCAAAGGGGUUUCAAACUGAAUCGAUUUUCCCCUCGAGAAAAUUCUUGACUCAUCCCGAUGAAAUUCAAUAUCAAGACUUCUAUGGCAGUUGAUACCUCACGUUUUAAGGAAGAACGCUGACUGACAGAUGACGUUUAAAAACAGUCUCCUUUAAAAGAUCUUAAGAAGAGAAUCUCCAGCAUUCCCAUUCUCUUUGCCUUAAAAGGACAUUUUCAAAAAGUGGACCCUAAUCAAACACCCCAACUUAUCAGGGACGAUGGAACACUUACGUUUUAGCAUUCGCAUCGACAACACGAUUUAAAGUGAUGUCUUAUCUAAUAUCUAAUUUCGCCUUUAACGUUUAUUUCCCUGUCAGUGAAUCGAGAGUAUACAUGUCACGCAUAGCUUUCAACAAUGUGAUCAGUUAAGAUGCUUGUAAAUACAGAUGAUAAAGAAAUAUAGACAAAUAUACUAUCUGUUCUUGAUAUAAUAGAGUAGUGGACAUUUUUGAUGUCUUCAUCUCAGUUUGCUAUUUAGAGUAGUGCGUUUGCAACCAUGAAUCACUCAAUGUUGCUAUUUUUUUAAGAGCGCUAUGAUUAAAGUAUGCUAGAUGAAAAACUGUCUGAGCUGUGUGCAGUUAAGUAUCGUGAAGAUGUUUAUUCUUCGUGAGAGGAUACAGUGAAGGAUCUGGAGAUGCAAAUCGCUAGCUUUUUAAUACCGCAUUUUAUGUGCAACCAGAAACUGAUUUAAUUUAUCACUGCAGUUAAUUUGUAUCUAAUCUGUUUUUUGUGAAUAUUACACCACCGUCCAUCCCCAUCUCUGAUUAUUUAUUUUGUCUGCUGAUGAAACCAUAAAUGCUUUAGAAUAUCAAGUGUACACUUCUCAAAAACCUCCAAUGACCAACCUACGGCUCGAUCUGUAGAUGCACGACUUUAUCCGGACCUGUCUACUGUGGUUUUACUUCAGAACUGUUUUUUAUCCAUCAUUCACCACAGACUUUGUAUUUCUCUGAAGGAAUAAACAGAGAUGGGAUGGUCGUAUAUUUGUUUACAUUGUGCAAUCUGGAGCAGUGGUUUGAGAAUUUAUUUUGCGUAUUUUUACGUCCGAGUACCUUUGUUGUACAUAGUUGAUUUCAAAGUUGGAUCGGUUUAAUUCGUGUUGUACGGCAGUUGUCUCUGCAACCAAAGUGUUUUCUUGUGUUGUGUGCACAUUGUGCUUGCUUUUUCUGUUGCUCGAACAUACUGAAUACAUAAAUUCGUCGAAAUUAAAAAAGAAAAAUAUAUCUUCGCAGCUGUUCUGUCAUCUGCUCAAGUGUUACGUAGACCUGAAUGCGAAGUGCGUUGUUUACAGAUGCUUUUUGCAAAAGAGAGCAGAAAACUUUUAAGGACCCAGAAUGUUUUCACUCUGCAAUAUUCAUUCAGGUCUGUGUGAAUUACAAGUCGAAAUGUCUGUGAACUUUUUUGCCUUAUCGCACUUCAUACACUGCAUGAUCGAUGUAUAGUCUGUCGCAAAAACACCCUUAAAUUGGAGAGAUGACAUGACCUGACAUGUUUCACUUUGAAGGGUUAGCAAGGACACGCGUAUGCCUGACUUCAAACUUCUGCUUGCGGCCAUGCACUAAAUGUAAAUCUACGUGUGCUUAUGAUGGCGUGAAGGUUUGCAUUGAGUGUUUGUUUGAAUGAGACGUCAUCUCUCAUUGGACGCUUGAGACUCCAGACCCUCAGGAUUUAUCAUCUCGCAUCAGGGAUGAGACGCUCAAAGAGUUCAUGUUUCCUGCUCUGGCACUGUCGUGGAUGUGGCUUUUUUCCUGUUCCUUUUUGUUAUUAUUCUUGCUUUUGUGUUGUGGUUUACUGACAGAAUAUGAAUAAAUAUCAUUGAUUUUGCAAUACGA